CUCACAUACUUCAUAGGCCGCAACACAUAGAAUGGCGAGAUGUAUGCUGACCAACCACCAACGUCGUAUCUGCAGAGGAUAAGUAAGCGACCGGAACCCCGGAAACCAUCCUGACCCCAGCCCAACUGUGCCGCCCGCGCCGCACCACCAAAGCACAUAAGCAGCGCACCUAACCCGCCCCACCAACCUACAAACCUUCAGCAACAUGCACCACGGCCCGCGACCUCCCGGAUGGUGGCCGAAAGGCGAAUGGGGCGCCCCCGGCUGCCGUCCACAGAAAGGCAUCAUCAGUUACGUGCUUGCGCAAAACCGGCAACGCGCAUUGGCCGGUGCGUUGAAUGCCGCUAUAUUCAAUACCUGGCGUCGGGUUUGCGGGCAAGUGCUUUAUGUGGCCCCGCCCCUGCUGGCGGGGUAUUAUGGCAUGACGUGGGCGAUUGAGAGAAAUCGAUAUCUGAAUUCGAAGGAAGGACGGGUGGAGGAGGGCGAGUAGGUAGCUGCGUGUGGCAUUGGUUGGACUUUUGUGAAUGAUAUACGUAUCUGCUGCUUUGAGUAGAUGCCGUGUCUUACUCCUACGCGCUAUUGAAGCUCCCUGGCCGUUUGAAGCGGACUGUGAGGGAAGACAAUGCAUGCCUUGAGAAAAAACGAGAGGGCGUAGAAACCGAGCAUUUGAACGCCACGCAGUACAUCCC